AUGAAGUAUGGAAGUUAUACAAAAAAGGUGCACGUGUUCCUGGGCGUGCCCUUCGCCAAGCCCCCCUUGGGGCCCCUGCGCUUCCGCCGGCCCGUGCCCGUCGACCCCUGGCACGGCGUGCUCGACGCCACCCAGCUGCCCAACAGCUGCUACCAGGAGCGCUACGAGUACUUCCCGGGCUUCGAGGGCGAGGAGAUGUGGAACCCCAACACGAACGUCACCGAGGACUGCCUGUACCUGAACCUGUGGGUGCCCGAGCGGUUGCGCCUGCGCCACCAGGGCGAGCAACGCGAACGGCCCAGGGUACCGAUGCUCGUCUGGAUAUACGGCGGCGGCUACAUGAGCGGCACCUCCACCCUCGACGUGUACGACGCCGACAUCAUGGCGGCGUCGACGGACGUGAUCGUGGCGUCCAUGAACUACCGCGUGGGCGCUUUCGGCUUCCUGUACUUGAAGACGUUCUUCGGCGGCGACAGCGAGGAGGCCCCGGGCAACAUGGGCAUGUGGGACCAGGCGCUGGCCAUCCGCUGGCUCAAGGACAACGCCGCGGCCUUCGGCGGCGACCCCGAACUCAUCACCUUGUUCGGCGAGUCGGCCGGCGGCGGGUCCGUCUCUCUCCACCUGCUGUCGCCCGUCACGCGCGACCUCGCUCGGCGCGGCAUCAUGCAGUCCGGCACGCUCAACGCCCCCUGGAGCUACAUGACCGGCGAGAAGGCGACCGAGGUGGCCCGCACGCUCGUCGACGACGUCGGCUGCAACUCCACCGACCUGAACGUGUCGCCCAGCAAGGUGAUGGCGUGCCUGCGCGCGGUCGACUCCAAGACGCUGUCGGUGCAGCAGUGGAACUCGUACUGGGGCAUCCUGGGCUUCCCGUCGGCGCCCACCAUCGACGGCGUCUUCCUGCCCAAGCACCCGCUCGACCUGCUCAAGGACGGCGGCUUCGAGGACACCGAAAUCCUCAUCGGCAGCAACCAAGACGAAGGUAGGACGCCUUUACCUCAUCACUUCACAAUUGUGAGGAGACAAUUGAGCUUUUUGAUUGACAAUUUUGAUUUAAUUGUUCUUUUGCUCAUCUGCGAGUGUCGUUUCUCAUAG